GGAGGGGAACGAGGCAGUUGAUGUACUGGCUAAACAAGCACACAGUAUCAGAGGGAGAGAGAGGCCGAGGUUUAGUAUGAGGGAGAUGAGGAUACAGGAAAUUAGUUUAAAGAGUAUAUUGAGUAGAACGUCAUUAGAUAUAGUCUCAAAAAUAUAUAUUUUUUAAGAACAACGGUGCUGCCCGGUAGGAUUUAGUUUCUCUCUGUCUCUGGCCCACACUCCACUACAGUAAGCGGCGGUAAUGCACCAUAACGUUGGAUGCCAACCGCCGAUAAACCCCACCGAAGAACAAGAACAAGGAAGAGGUGUUUCAAUUGGCAAAGAGAUAGGGAACGUGGCCUUAGCUAAAGAGAACGUUCUUAAAUGAGAAACGACCAGUCUUCAUAGAUCGAAAACAGCAUACACGUCUCCUUUGGGUUGGACAACUUGCAAACAUGGCGGAUGUUGAUCAAGGAUCGGUCUUACCCAGCGAAACUUCACCUCUCAUUCUGGAUGGCCUGAAUUCUACCGACUCAAAUGGUACGGACGCUGUCAACGCGACUGUGGCCAAGUUUGUGGCGACACCGGAGGGAACGGCACUGGCAUAUGGCAGCCUUGUUUUUAUGGCUCUGUUGCCCAUCUUCUUCGGUGCACUGCGAUCAGUCAACUGUGGCAAAAGCAAGGUUGCUGGAGAAAAUGGUUGCGAUUAUGAGUACAGAAACUCCUCAGACAUGCCAGAGACCAUCACAGGCAGAGAUGCUGCACGGUUCCCCAUAAUCGCCAGCUGCACCCUCUUCGGCCUCUACCUCUUCUUCAAAAUUUUCUCACAAGAGUACAUCAACUUGCUGCUGUCAAUGUAUUUCUUUGUCCUGGGGAUUUUGGCACUGUCUCAUACAAUGAGUCCCUUCAUGAACAGGAUCUUCCCUGCUAACAUUCCCAUCAAGCAGUACCAGCUGCUCUUCACUCAGGGCUCAGGAGAGACCAAAGAAGAAAUUGUCAACUAUGAGUUUGACACCAAGGACAUGAUCUGCCUGGUCAUCAGCACUGUGGUUGGGGUCUGGUACAUCCUCAAGAAGCACUGGAUUGCCAACAACCUCUUUGGCCUGGCGUUCGCCCUGAAUGGGGUGGAGCUUCUGCACCUAAACAAUGUCAGUACUGGUUGCAUCCUGCUGGGGGGGCUGUUUGUCUAUGAUGUCUUCUGGGUGUUUGGCACCAAUGUCAUGGUUACCGUGGCCAAGUCGUUCGAGGCACCCAUUAAGUUGGUGUUUCCCCAGGACCUGUUUGAGAAGGGUCUAGGUGCCAAUCAAUUUGCCAUGCUGGGUCUUGGAGAUAUUGUCAUUCCAGGUAUCUUCAUUGCUCUACUCCUCCGCUUCGAUGUCAGUCUGAAGAAGAACACCAGGACCUACUUCUACACCAGCUUCCUGGCCUACAUCUUUGGCCUGGGUAUGACCAUCUGGGUCAUGCACACCUUUAAACAUGCCCAGCCUGCCUUGCUGUACCUGGUCCCAGCCUGUAUUGGAUUCCCGGUGGUUGUAGCUCUGUUGAAAGGAGAACUGACCGAGAUGUUCAGCUAUGAGUCCUCAGAGGAGGUGUUGCCACACACACCCCGGCUCACACACUACCCCACUGUGUCAGGCUCUCCCGCCAGCCUGGCUAACUCAAUGCAGAGCUCCUCCUCGCCACGCCGGCGACGCAACAACCCACCUAUGUAGUGACCAGAUCACCUCUCACCCGGGCAGGUACGAGGAAGUCUCUCCGGAAGACGCUGCAGCGAAAGAAGAGAUCACAGAGGCUGAGAAAAAAGAUAAAUGACGACAGUUUCCAGAAACUCGUCCAUCACUGGCUGCCACCACAUUUCACAUCAGCCCACCUCUCUACACGUUUCCCAAGUGCCGUGCUGUACAGGGAAACGGCUGGUUUAUUAAGUAACUGUUUUGACAUUGGGAUAUUUUGAAGUUCAAAAGUGGUUUGUUACACAAAUUGUACAACAGCUUAUCCGGUGUCUGUUUCUUCUAUAUUUUUUGUUGUUAUUUUAUUUGAAAGGCCAGAAUUUUAAAACGGAAUAAGUGUUGUUGUUUAGGGGAGGGGAAGGGGGGGGUUCUGCAAUAUCACAGGAAGCUGAACAUGUUUUUUAUUUUAAUUUUCAGAAACAUUUUACUCUCCCAGCCUGAUUUAUUUGCAAUGAUUGUCUAGUUUGAUCUCUGUACCAAGUCCAUUCUUGGUUUUGAUAUACAAAUGCCUUUGUCAUAGAGAAUGUGAAGUAUAAUAGGAUGGUGUUAGGGACGCGGGAGAUGAGUUUACCAUUGUGCCAUACACGCUUCACAUGGACGUUAACCCCAUGGAACUCGACCGUUGGUAUCUAUAUGAAUGGCACCUGGCUUCUCUGGUCUGGAAGUCUUUGGCUUCAACAAAGACAUCUAACUAUGUACUACUGUACUAGUCUCAAUGUAUAAUUGUGCCAAUUUAGUCAUGUGUGUAAGUACAUGGUACCUGACAUGUUAGUCAGUAUAGUGGUAAUAAUAGCUCAAGAGUUCAGAUCAUAGCAUUAAGAAGUAACUGAACUUGGGAAAUCGAUCACAUUUUGAUAUUUUUAUGCACAUUUGCUAUGACACUACUAUUUACGUGAGUCAUACUCUGUCAUGUCAAAUCAGAGAAGUCUGUUAUAUGGAAACUAUGUUUAGUAUUGUAGUUAGAGGUCCCAUGCAGUGACUGAAAUGUACCUGCAGGUGGAGACAGUGUCAAAAGAACCAUGUCUCCUCAGAGAGGAGACCAAAGGACCAAAUAAUUCCUCCUCUUGCUUUAGGUUGUAAGUGCUUUGCUUUAAUAAUGUAUUUUCUUUCUGGCCUUUUGCAGUUUGGCGCAGUGUGUUUCAGGUUCAGAAAGACAAGGGAGAAGCUUUUUCAUUUUAGGGCUUUAAGAUGGAGCAGUUUUGGUAAAGAUCAUGUCCACAUCCUGCCUGGUGAAGUUCAGUAACCCUAUCAUUUUAAGAAAUGUACUUUUUUCUCUUCUUUUUUUCUCCUAUUGUACUUGUGCAAGUCAAAGUUUAUGAUUCUAUGUUCAAGAACCGAUAUCUAUUUUGUUUGCAAUAAAUGUGGGCGUAUAUCACCGUAGAGAACCAUAACCAAUGUGGGCGUAUAUCACCGUAGAGAACCAUAACCAAUGUGGGCGUAUAUCACCGUAGAGAACCAUAACCAAUGUGGGCGUAUAUCACCGUAGAGAACCAUAACCAAUGUGGGCGUAUAUCACCGUAGAGAACCAUAACCAAUGUGUGGGUCUUUUUCCUUACCCUAGUUGUACUGAUGUCGACACACCCACACCUGGCUUAUUGUGGUUAAUUAACUGGUGAUUAUAAAUACUAUUGAUAAUCAAUACUAUAAUCAGAACCCAAUAUGUAAGCUGUCAGUGAAACAAACCAGUUUACUGCAUUCUCAUCUGCAGGAGAGGCAGAGUGUAGUACACAUCUGAUGGAAAGAGGAAGGAGACUAGGAUGAUACGUCAUACAGGUUCCGGUGUUUCUCAUGGAACUCCAGCACCUGAAGCUGUGUCUUUGAGUCUCUGUUCCGUCCACAGUAUACAGCUGCUGAGAGACCGGUGAAGGGUGACUGGCUGAUUAGCAGGGGAACAAGCCUCUCAACUGUCGUUCUGAGCCGAGAGGAACUAUCUGCAGUCUGUCCGCCAAACCUGUUAGUCUGAGAAGGACUGGAACAGACCAUCAACAUAAGAAUGACGUUAAACAAACCACAUUUGAUCAAGGUGACAGUCUAGAUUUCAGACAUUGUGCUCCACUAAACUUGAACGUGACCUUUACAUAUAUUUGUUUUCUGUUAGCACAGGACAGUGCUGCUUGGGUGGUAAAACUGCUGCAGAACCUGUUCAAACUCCUCCUCUCAUGGCCAUCCAUAGUUCAGGUGAAAGCAGACAGACUGGCAGACUGAUCAAGAGAUAUGCAGAUAGACAAACAAGCUGACAGGUAUCUGGCGAUGUGGAUAGUGAGGGGGUGUAAAGGAAUGACCAAGAUGUCCCUCCUACAGUGUUAGAGGAUAAGUGGUCUCAAGGGAUCGUGUGAUUGAGUGUAGAUUGCAAAGAUGCCACAAGGGGGUGGAGUAGUUCACUUCCACUGAACACUGAUUUCAACGAGCAUUGUUGGUGAACACUGAGGAGACUGGUUUUGAAGAGAUAGUUCAGGAACACUGAGGAGAGAGGUUUGGAAGAGAUAGUUGGGGAACACUGAGGAGAGAGGUUUUGGAGAGAUAGUUGGGGAACACUGAGGAGAGAGGUUUGGGAGAGAUAG